CAAAGGGAGUGAAGACGGUCACACUAUUCGUGGACAACCAAGCCGCUAUACAAUCGGUUCACAGCCCCGGAGGACAGUCGGGGCAACUGAUCCUUAGACAGAUCAUCCAUUUUAUCGGUGUCCUUCAAAAGCGAGGGGUAUCCAUAGAGAUCUGCUGGAUCCCGGCCCACACAGGAGUACCAGGAAACGAAAGAGCAGAUCUCAUAGCCAAGCAGGCCACAGGAUGGCGAGCUAAAGGCCAAAUAGGGCAGAGAGCGCCUAAGUCAAAAUGGGUACAACAACUGCUCUCCUCGUGCAAGAGAAUAGUCAAAGAGGCAAUCCUUUACAGAUGGAAUAUCACUUGGGCCAAACAGACAACAGGACACCAAUAUAGAUCUCAUUUCGGAUCAGAAAUACAGUCGCAGAAGAAGGGGGCUCGGCUAUAUCAAGGACUCACAAAACCAGAAGCGGCAGUUCUAGUGCAAAUGAGGUCGGGAAAGAUUAGGCUCGGAGCAUACUUGAAAAAGAUCAAAGCGGCAGACUCAGCCGUGUGUCAGUGCCAGAGAUCAAACGAGACGGUCUCUCAUAUACUUGGUGAUUGCUUCCAAUUUGGAGCACAAAGACGGACGUACCUUGGCCAACCAACUAUUUGGAAUGUGCCAGCCCUGCUAAGUGAUUCAAAGCUAGCAAGGAAAGCAGUUGCAUUCAUGGAGAGCACAAGACUCCUCGACCAGCUCAGCAGGGGCUAGGUAGCACCUCAACUUCACAACUUCAAAAUACAACCCAUAGCCACAAGACGGGUAGGACAGACUACUCAACAAGAAGCAACAAGACAGCCAGGGUGAGGGCCUGGUACUAUGGUAUAGGAAGGGCAACGAGCCAGGGUAUGCAACGAUAACACACAAGAAUGGGCAGUGGACCUCUAGUUUAGUAGUGGACAGAUUGUUUUCCUAGAGUUAAACAAAAGUUUUCAUUUGUUAUUUCAAUUAUCAGAAAGGGGGAGAGGACUGGAGGAUCCAUGGGCCUUGAACUGUACGUAGAGCUCUCUGCAUAGCGCUGACAUAAGCAGCUAAAUAGAG